UGCAGGAUCAGCCGGGGAAUCCGGCGCUACAUGGCGGCCCAUGUGUCAGGCAGUGCUGUCCCCCAGUGAGCCCGCUCCGGCUGCCUUCUCGGCGCUACAUGCAGAGGCCAGUGCAGGACAAGUAGUGGCUCGUUCCUCCUUCCUUUACAUAACAGAUCUCGGCAUGGGAAACGUGUGCUGUGGGUAUACCCGCGGGGAUCUGCCGCAAAGAACAUCCUGAGCACCCCUCCCCCACCGGGAUCUCCCUGGCUGGAGUCACCGUCUCCGGGCUGGGAUCUAGCCACAACACAUGUAAAGUAACUGCCUUCUCUGUGUGUCUCCUGGCGGAAAUGAUGAAUGGUUAAAGCGUUCUUUAUUUUAAGGGUUGGUUUCCUCCCUUGAAGGACUCAUGCAGAGUUAUGGCUUGAAGCACCAUGGGGCUUCGGAAGGAACACAGCCUUUCCAGCAGGUGUUCAUAUGGGUUAAAAUGUAUGCAUGCAGGAAGGCCAUGCAUCCCACAGAAACUUAGCCAUGGAGAGCGAUAAGAAGCACACCACAAUUGCUUCAGUCACUGCAAUGAAUGGGGACACUAUUCAGCCUGAAAGUUCAUCUGUCCCGCAAGGCUGGAAUGAGUUCUGCAAACUCCACGCUAUCUCCACGGCAAGGGAGUUGGCAAAGCAGUAUUGGUUAUUUGCUAACCAGAAUCCACAACAUGACAUUCUGGCAGCAGAGAUCUUCUCAUUGCAUUUUACAGAUCUUUUCCAGCAGUAUUUCAGGAACGAGGUGAGGGAAAGCUGGGGUAUGGACCAAUACAGAUUUUUCCCCUUCAGCAGAGUCAAAGAUUAUAGAGAGACAGGUAGGAGGCCAUCAGAUGAUCCUUCCAGUACGGUUGCAGCAAAAUUGGAGGUAGAAUUAACAGCACAACAUGAACAUAUAGAUCAGACUGUUUCUGACACUUCUGUACAACUUGCACCCAAAACAUGGAGCUCUGAAGAACUUCGACCAUGCAGCAGUACCCCAGCUGCGAGACCUUUUAUCCGAUUUUCCCUAGCCCAGUUUCGAAGAAGCAUUAGAAAUAUAUUCCGUAGAAAGUCUGCAGAUUCUACUCCUCCUGAGACCAGGGAAGCAGAGACAGACUCAACAGAGCCACCAUCCUGGCAAGGCUUGCAAAAACGGAUUUUGCCUUGGACUAUUACACGUGAGCCGACAAUUGAUGUUCGCAAGGAAGGGCAAUUAAAUUACAGCAUGGUGGAUGAAAAAUGCAUGGAUGGUGGGACUUCUUGGCAGAGAUGCCGUUUGGUUUUGCGAAAAUCUGGGACUUUGGAGAGUGACGAGUACCUUCUGGAGUUGUUUGAUCCGCCAAAGUGCCCUAGAACAAAGCUAAAGGUUUCAUGCUGCAGUAUUCAGGAGAUCCGGAGAUGCAGUCGCCUAGAAAUGCCUGACAAUGCCAACACCUUUGUGCUCAAGGCAAACGCAACUGAAGUCAUUUUUGAAGCGGGGGAUGACCAGCAGUUGAAUUCCUGGAUAUCUGAAAUCAAAGAGUGCCUAAAUUGUUGGUCGGAUGAGACUGAAGGAGAGACACAGCUACCCUCUAACUCAGACACAGCCAACCAGAGUCCCAGCAGUGGCAGUACUGACUCCAUUACACAAGGAGCUUCUGUCUUUGUGCCACCUGAGCAAUGCUGCCACAAAACUGAUCAUUUUCUGGCUUCCUCACCCUGGUUCCAUGGGCCCAUCUCACGGGUCAAAGCUGCUCAGCUUGUCCAGUCCCAGGGAGUUGAAGGGCACGGUGUCUUCCUUGUGAGACAGAGUGAAACAAGAAGAGGGGAAUAUGUUCUUACAUUUAAUUUUCAAGGAAGGGCAAAGCACUUGCGCCUAACCCUUACAGAGAGAGGUCAGUGCCAUGUACAGCAUCUCCGUUUCCGGUCUGUGUUGGAAAUGCUUCAGUACUUCCGAUUACAGCCAAUUCCACUGGAGUGUGGAGCAGCGUGUGACGUGAAGUUGUCUGGUUACGUGGUAGCAGGUGUCCAGCCACAUGAGCUGGGCACAUCAGUCUGUACUUCAUUACUGUUCCCAUUGGCCAUUCAGCACUCAAGUUCAGAGCGCAGUGUCUCCCAAUUCCCUUCCCCAAGUCCACUGAGACAUCAGUAUACAGAGGAUUUCCACCACUUUUCUUUCCCAGAGCAGAUCUUCCACCGCGUGCCGCCGCCCGAGGAACUGAACCGGAGUUUCUUGAGGAGUGAGGCUAGUGGGGCACAAUCUAGCGCUCACAGAGAGUCGGACUAUGAGCUGGAUUCUCCAUCCCGGAGCCGGAUGCGAGCAAUAGACAAUCCUUACACUCCCUUAUGACAGUGGGGCUUUGUUGGAGGAAUAUGGAACCGGCACAUUUACUUCCUAUAAACAGAUCACCAGAGCCUAUUUGUUGAUCAAACCAAGAAUGUAACUUUUUAAAUUUUUUCAUGGGUUAAAUUGUAAGCCCUCAUUGGGUGUUAAUCUAUUAGGCCUGUUAAAGGGCCCCUGCUUUCUGCUGCCUGUGCUGGCUUGUGCUGGCCCCUGAUGCAGUGAAAGGUUAGUUUUAAUAAGCUUUUUGUUUACAAGGUGUAAUCAUAUCUUGAUGAAGUCUUCCACGCUCAGAAGGUACCUGCAGAUGUAACUUGGGCUGCUUCCAAGCACCUACUCGUUGUGUAGACAGGCCUGCAGCAAUGUAGAUGUUACAGCACAACUAACAUUUUAUCUUGCCCUCUAUGGCUGGGCUUACCAAUUGUAUUUCUCUAAUUCGACACUGCACCAGUGUGUGCAAUAAGCAUUAAUUUCAUCCUUUAUGCACUGCAGAGCUUUCUAUCACCGUCCCAUGUGCCUUGUACUUCAGCAUUAACAUCUGAAGUGACUGACAUUCAACCCCACAGGGUGUAAAGAACUUUUUAUUAUACAAAUGAUUUAAUAACAAUUAUAUAACCAAGUUACCUCUAGGCUUCUGUUUGAAAAUAUGCUCCUUUUAUGCUGCUGGUUAGUACUGCUGGGUCAGUUCCCUGCCGCCAGUCUGGUACUGCUGGGCCAGUUACCUGCCGCCAGUCUGGUACUGCUGGGCCAGUUACCUGCCGCCAGUCUGGUACUGCUGGGCCAGUUACCUGCCGCCAGUCUGGUACUGCUGGGCCAGUUACCUACCGCCAGUCUGGUAAGUGCAGUGGCCGUUGUGAGAAAAGGCUUGUUCUACUAAACGGACUUCAUCUCCUAGUAAUGCAGCUGGUCAUGCAAACAACAUGGCUGCCACUAUUAAGCCCAAACUUCUUGGUUCGGGCAGGUUUAAAAAUUUAGUCGGAUCGGGGACAUGGCCCCCAAACGACUGCGCAUAUACCAGUCAUUCUAAUUCGAAUAAGCCUGAUAUCGUCCACCCGUAGGUCGCCCCCUUUAGGCUUUGUUCUGGCUAGGCAUGUAACAGCAGCCUAUCAGCUAUCACCAAGAUGUUUAUUUUAAUUGUUCGUCUUGCAACCAAUCACUGCAUGGUUGCUAUGGGUUACUACCCAGGUGCACUUGUUCCUCUGUGGGACAAAUGAAACCAUUUAUUAAAAAAACAACAACAAUUUUUAGCUCAGUAGUGUCCCAAACUGAUAUCAGAUUUUAUCUUUUGCAAUAUAAUUGGAAUAAUAUGAUUGGUAAUCAUGGACAGAGGAAAUACCAUGCAAUAGCAGCAUAUUGAAAGUGAUUACAUUGGAUUAGGCAGUUGAUUUGUGUUCAUGCAGUAUCAGUGUAUGGUUAGGUCAGGACCAGCUGCAUUAAAUGUGUUGCUAUAAGCCCCCAGUGUGAGAGUCUGAGCAGAUGGGUUUAUACUCCAGUGCCUUGCGUGGUAGAGAGGUAACAAAUGGCUUGCUCUUUAUAUUCCCAGGGAACUGUAACACAUUGAAUCCAUAUGAAAAAUUUUAAAAAUUCUACCUAGAAUGCAAACUGGAUCUGCAUUGCAUCUCAGAGGAAAACGUAUGACUGGUAUGAGGAUGGCUAAACGAGAACUAGUACCACCAGAGGGUGCUCCUCUAUCCUGACUGCAUAUUAGUAGGUUGAGAGCUCAGUAUUAGUAUUAAAUCUGUACAAAAGUAAUGAAAUGAGCCCCGUGAAUGCUGCAAAGACACAAGGCAUUUGCAUUAUUUUGUAAUAUGUUUCAUCUUUUAAACAGUGUGGCCCCAUAGCUGCUACUUGUUGAGGGUUAUGGGAGCUCAACUAAAUGGCUGCUAUUUCUACUCUCUUGCUUUUUCUCUUUGGUCUUAAAUAUGUCCAUUUCACUUUACAGAGCUGCUUGUUCUGGCCUUGCACCUCCAACUGCCCUGUUACCUGGCGAUGGUUUCCUCAUGCUGUUGCACAAGUGUCUAGCUAUUUACACUGGUUUUCCUAAUAAGCAAACAGCCUAUUGGGUGUUUGCACCACCUGUGAGCCUGCCAUGAUAGCUGCAUGGUUGAGAAAAAUGGGCAUGAGUUAGUAUCACUGUAAAAUGCAGGCACCAUCCAGGUCCAGUGACAGGCCAGAGUUUUAGGUGGUACUGUCUGUUUGAGUUUCAUCUGCUGUUCUGUGGCACCGAGCCUCGGAUGAACAUGUCCCCCCUUCUGCAAACAAUGUUAUUUUUGUUUGUUUUGGCUUCAAAAUGGUAAUCGGAAAUAGAAGGAACCGCACACAUUUCUGAGAGGUUUUCUUGGCAGCGUCAGUAUGAAAUCCAGCUGUGCUAAUGAAAAUAGAUCAUGUGAAAAACUAAUAGCCAGUCAGUUCUCUUACAUAGUUAAGUUGGGUUAAAAAAGUCCAUAAAGUUCAACCUUUGUAAGCAAUCUCAGCAUACACAUAGACCCAUACCGACCUAUCUAUCCACUCACAUACAGACCCAUACUGACCUAUCUAUCCACUCACAUACAGACCCACACUGACCUAUCUAUCCACUCACAUACAGACCCACACUGACCUAUCUAUCCACUCACAUACAGACCCAUACUGACCUAUCUAUCCACUCACAUACAGACCCAUACUGACCUAUCUAUCCACUCACAUACAGACCCAUACUGGCCUAUCUAUCCACUCACACACAGACCCAUACUGACCUAUCUAUCCACUCACACACAGACCCAUACUGACCUAUCUAUCCACUCACAUACAGACCCAUACUGACCUAUCUAUCCACUCACAUACAGACCCAUACUGACCUAUCUAUCCACUCACAUACAGACCCAUACUGACCUAUCUAUCCACUCACACACAGACCCAUACUGACCUAUCUAUACUCUCACAUACAGACCCACACUGACCUAUCUAUACACUCACAUACAGACACAUACUGACCUAUCUAUACACUCACAUACAGACCCAUACUAACCUAUCUAUAUACUCACAUACAGACCCAUACUGACCUAUCUAUACACUCACAUACAGACCCAUACUGACCUAUCUAUACACUCACAUACAGACCCAUACUAACCUAUCUAUAUACUCACAUACAGACCCAUACUGACCUAUCUAUCCACUCACAUACAGACCCAUACUGACCUAUCUAUCCACUCACAUACAGACCCAUACUGACCUAUCUAUACACUCACAUACAGACCCAUACUGACCUAUCUAUCCACUCACAUACGGACCCAUACUGACCUAUCUAUACACUCACAUACAGACCCACACUGACCUAUCUAUCCACUCACAUACGGACCCAUACCGACCUAUCUGUACACUCACAUACAGACCCAUACCGACCUAUCUGUACACUCACAUACAGACCCAUACUGACCUAUCUAUACACUCACAUACAGACCCACACUGACCUAUCUAUACACUCACAUACGGACCCAUACCGACCUAUCUGUACACUCACAUACAGACCCAUACCGACCUAUCUGUACACUCACAUACAGACCCAUACUGACCUAUCUAUACACUCACAUACAUAAACCCAUACUGACCUAUCUAUCCACUCACAUACAGACCCAUACUGACCUAUCUAUACACUCACAUACAGACCCAUACUGACCUAUCUAUACACUCACAUACAGACCCAUACUGGCCUAUCUAUACACUCACAUACAGACCCAUACUGACCUAUCUAUACACUCACAUACAGACCCAUACUGACCUAUCUAUCCACUCACAUACAGACCCAUACUGACCUAUCUAUACACUCACAUACAUACCCAUACUGACCUAUCUAUCCACUCACAUUUUGAUAAAUCUGCCCCUUACUGUUUAGGUCAAAACAAGUGAAAGUUAUACCCCAUUUUCAUCGGAAGUUGUAUUUCUGCUCCAAUAUCAGUCAGCAUUGUUAUUUUGGGAAAGGCGGUUCUGUGCAUUUCGGAGGUUGCGCCAUUUCAUUCCGUGUCACUGUUGCUAAUGCUAUGGGGGGGUCACCGUUAUCUGGUCGUCAGCAAUAGCUCAGCAUCAACAUGGAAAUCUAGUAUUUGCUGACACCAGGUUCUAAGCUGUGAUGCUCUUUCUGCCACGUUGGCAUGGAGUGCCCUUGCUACGGCAGCAGGAAUGUUCCAUGCCAUAUUGAUUCCCAAACUCCCUGACACCAAAGCUUCCCUGGUACCAGAGUGCCUUGGAACCCUCCCGCUGGCAGCUAUGGGCUGAGGAAAUAAAGCCGGGGGAAAGCACCUUAAUCAUAUCAAGUCUUACAGUAUGUUAUAUGUAUGAUAAGUAAAUGGAAAUAUAGGCAUUCCGCAGAUUAUCUAUAUUUUUAUGUACUGUACAAGUAACUUAUUUUUAAAUAGUGUAUUUUGCUACACUGAUGUACAGAUCUGCUGUUAAAUAAGUUGUUUUACUUGCUUUAUCUUCAAGUAUUUUUGCCAUCUGUAUAGAAAUUAAAAUCACUGAUAUUA